UUUUUUUGUUCAGUGUGAACCACAGAGAUGAAACAAAUGCUUUCCACCAGCAAAGUGUCUCAGCGAGGCGGCUGACGAGUCAGACGGAAAAAAGGCACAUGUCCGGAGGUUGCUUUAGCGUGAACUGAUAAGACACACCAUCAGACAGACACAAACUGAGGAAAUCUCCAAAGAUGAACACCUCCAGCAACUUCACAUGUGACGGCAAGUUGUCUGCCGAUUUCCAGUUCUACCUCUUCCCCAUCACCUACAUCCUCGUGAUGGUGUUCGGUCUGCUGGGGAAUCUGGGCGCGCUUUACAUCUUCAUCUUCAAAACGGAGCAGAGGUCCCCCUCGAGUGUGUAUAUCCUCAGCUUGGCGGUGGUCGACACCAUCUUCCUGUGCGUCCUCCCCUUCCGCAUUCACUACCACCUCAACGACAACAACUGGAUCUUCGGGACGGUGAUGUGUCGUCUGACCGGUACGCUCUUCUUCUCCAACGUCUACAUCAGCAUCGCUUUCAUGAGCUGCAUUUGCGUGGACCGUUACCUGGCUACGGUCCAUCCACACACCUACCUGCGUCUGCGCAACACGCGCUGCGCUGUAAUCGUGUCUGCGUGCAUGUGGAUAUUUGGAGGAACGGUCAUUUUAACCUUCAUUUUCACGUUCCCUGACAUGCACAACACCGAGGAGAAGACCAGCUGCUUCGAGAACUUUUCAGAGAACGAAUGGAAGACAAAUCUGGUUCCGUACAGCGCCUUCAGCCUGGUGUUCGGCGCUUUGCUUCCCUCCAUCAUCAUCCUGGUGCUCUACCCGGUGGUGGCGCGUCGUAUCGCGCGGAUCAAGACGAGAACAGCGCGCGGUGCCCAGAGGAUCAUCUACACCAUCCUGGCCAUUACGCUCCUCUGCUUCUUACCCUACCACUUUGUGUACUUCCUGCACCUGCUGUGGAGAACUCAGGUCAUCCAUAACUGCCUGCUAGCUGAUGUGAUCUACAAAGCGAGGCGUAUUACCAUUGCACUGGUCAGCAUGAACAGUCUGUUUGACCCUUUGCUGUAUUACUUCGCCACCAGCUACUGCAAGUUGAACUGCAAAUGGAAGCUGCUGAAGCCGAAGAAGAAGAGAGGCGUCUACAUCAUCUCGGAGAGGUUACAAGCUCAUUAAAGUGAAGAAAAAAAAAAAAACACUUUCUCAGAAUCAACAUAGAAAUGGAGGUCUAUGUGAGUCAUACUGAUAAAGGAAGGACCUUAAUCUAAUUUAAAUGACCACAACACACACACAACCUGGUGGUUUAAGGAAAAAUGAAUUACACAAUCUUUGUACAUAAGUAUAUAUAUAAAGCAAACAAAAGACUUUUUUUUUCCUCAUACACCGUCAGUAGAGAGCUUGUUGUUAUAAGCUGAAAGAGUGAGUGGGUGAGGGAAGGAAAGGAAAAUGUACUAAGAGCAACAUUACCACUAAGAUAAAAAUAGUUGUAGGGUUAAAUGGCAUAGUUUUGGUUAGACAUGUUGCGUUCAUCACCACAGUGUAAUUUCUAGUCAUAAAAACCACUGAGCGGUAGAAGUAUAACAUGUUUACAACAAGGACACAAAGGGUUUAAAGGAUGUAUUCGUGUUUUAUAUCAAGUGGCGCAAGGAGGCUGCUCGAGCGUGCUUCAUGUCUAGGGGAAGGGUUAUGAAAUGAAAUGAUUUUGAGUCCAAGCCUGAGACAAUAAGAGAAGGGAUGAUAAUCACUGGAGUAAGGAGCUUGACUGGGUAGAUGGUAGCAGACGGAAAAGAGUUUUAAAUCAGUAAUACACCGAGGCAGCCAUCCCAUCACAUGUUGUGAAGAAGCAACGAAACUGUGACGCAAUGAAAAACUCGCUGAAGGUUAGUACUCCAUCAUGGAUGCUGUGUAUAAAAUGAAGCGGAAUUCUGUUUUAUCUAGAAACUUUCAUUCAUUCGAUUGUUGGUUGGUGCAAAAGAAACAUGUCAAUGUACUGUAUGCUGUUUCUGCUGCCAUAGUUACCACAGGAAACCAUAACUAUCCAUGAUAUAGAAAACUAAAAGCCCUGUAGGAAGUGAAAAAUAAAACUGUAAUGUAAAAUGUACUGUAUGCCGUUUCUGUUGCCAUAGUUACCACAAAAAAAACCCCUAGCUAUAUACAUUAUAUAUAUAAUAUAAUAUAGAAAGUGUGCUGUGAAUUGAAUAGAUUUCCUGUAGAGUGUAAUACAUAAUUACUGGAACAUUUUAUACCAAUGAUAUUAGUAGGUGUGUAAAUAUACAGAUAUACAAAGGUUUACUGUGCACACACACACACACAC